UUUUGUACGACAUUCUAGUCUUCUAUAUAGGGGGCGGGUGGUCAGUCUUUCUUGGGUUUGUCUGAAUCAAUCAUGGAAGAGGCAGCAAAAACCAAUCCUCCAGCUGUGCCCGAAAAAGCCCCCAUCAGAGUUGCAGCCAUCUGUGGCUCCCUCCGUAAGGGCUCUUGUAAUCGAGGCCUCAUCCGGGCAGCAAUUGAGAUAUCCAAUGAGUCAAUAGGUGGCAUGAUCAUAGAGUAUAUAGACAUUUCACCUUUACCAUUGUUGAAUACAGAUUUAGAAGUGAAUGGGACUUUUCCCCCAGAAGUUGAGGCUUUUCGGGAUAAGAUUCGCCAAGCAGAUAGCGUUCUUUUUGCUUCGCCAGACUACAACUAUUCUGUCACUGCACCUCUGAAAAAUGCUAUCGAUUGGGGAUCAAGACCCCCCAAUGUUUGGGCUGAUAAGGCUGCUGCACUUGUAGGUGCUGCCGGAGGUACUGGUGGGGCUCUUCAACAGUAUCAUGUCCGCCAGAUUGGAGUCUUUCUUAAUCUUCAUUUCAUCAAUAAGCCUGAGUUUUUCCUCCGGAGGCCUUUAGUUCCGCCCCAGAAGUGUGAUGAAGAUGGUAACUUGAUCGAUGGGGAAGUCAGAGAGAGGUUGACAGAGGUUCUUUUGUCUUUAUAUGCAUUUACCUUGAGACUCCAGGGCAAGUCUAAAUGAUAUAUAUGCUGUGUUUACUUUCUUCUUCUAGUCUGCUAGCACGUCAUUUCACUCGGUCUAAUGAAUAAAAUUUGAUUCUUUCAUCA